AUGCAAAUCUUCGUCAAGACCCUGACCGGUAAGACCAUCACCCUUGAGGUGGAGUCUUCCGACACUAUCGACAACGUCAAGUCCAAGAUCCAGGACAAGGAGGGAAUCCCACCAGACCAGCAAAGACUCAUCUUCGCUGGUAAGCAGCUCGAGGACGGCAGAACUCUUUCUGACUACAACAUCCAGAAGGAGUCGACCUUGCACUUGGUGCUCAGACUGAGAGGUGGUGGUAAGAAGAGAAAGAAGAAGGUCUACACCACCCCAAAGAAGAUCAAGCACAAGCACAGAAAGAACAAGCUCGCUGUGCUGUCCUACUACUCUGUUGACGACGACGGAAAGGUUGAGAGAACCAGAAGAGAGUGCCCAUCUGCCACCUGUGGUGCUGGUAUCUUCAUGGCCAACAUGAAGGACAGACAAUACUGUGGUAAGUGCCACACCACCUUCAAGCUGAACUAG